UGUUUAUCAGCUUGUUGUGAAAGAAGAGAGGCCACAGAAGUCACGAAGAGCUGCCGACAUCAUUGAGUGUUUCUCUGUUCCAGUGAGCUACAAAAAUGCUUCAAAUCUCGACUCUCCGCAUUACUUUGCAGCCGAGUUGAAACCAGUCAACCUUCCUGUCACACAGCCCUUCACGGUGGGAGACAACAAAACUUAUAACGGCUACUGGAAUGCUCCGCUUUCGCCACUGAAAAGCUACAGCAUUUAUUUCCAGGCACUCAGUAAAGCAAAUGGGGUAAGUGUUUAGCUUUCUGGCUUCAGCCAGCCCCGCAAUUGUCAUCUCUGGCCUGGCUGGGAUGAACUCAGUUCCAUCCAACAUUUUGUUAAGAAUAAAAGCUCUGGAUUUCUAAAAUAACAUAUUGGAUGAAAACCUUAUAACACUAUUAGUCUUUAAGGUGCUGCAAGGCUGCAGUCAUAUUUGCACCAUACAUAGGAAGUGCAUGGCUUCCCUCAAAGUAUCCUGGGAACUGUAGUUUAUCCCUGACAGAGCUGUAAUUCCAAGUAUAGUGGUACCUCAGGUUAAGUGCUUAAUUCGUUCCGGAGGUCCGUUCUUAACCUGAAACUGUUCUUAACCUGAAGCACCACUUUAUAGCUAAUGGGGCCUCCUGCUGCUGCCGCGCCGCCGGGGCACAAUUUCUGUUCUCAUCCUGAAGCAAAGUUCUUAACCUGAGGUACUAUUUCUGGGUUAGCGGAGUCUGUAACCUGAAGUGUAUAUAAUCUGAAGCGUCUGUAACCCGAGGUACCACUGUACCUUAAUAAACUACAGUUCCCAGGAUCCUUUGUGGGAAGCCAUGUGAUCUCAGUGUGCUUUAGAUGUAUGAUGUGGAUAUGAUCUCCUUGUGUUUAUCCUCUGACCCUUUCCUGGUUCCUAUUCCCCAUUGCCAUAUAUUCCAACUGUCAUUGGUUCUUCUACAAAGUUAAGAAAAGCUUGCAUAAGCCUAAAAUAUCUGAUGACAACUGAUUUAGGCCAUGGAACAAGAGAGGAGGAGUGGCGACUUACACAGUCCGGCACCCCACACUACUGAAUCAUAACUGCGAGGCUGCAGUUCAAACCUCCUGCUUCAAGGAAAACUGUUUGAAAAUAAUGAAUGCCUACACUUUUAAUAUGAUGUAAUCUUCUGCAUCUAUAUCUGCCAGGAUAGUCCAUUUGCCAGUGUGUACCCCAGCCUUUGGGAUUUGUUUAGAGCAAUUAUGUAAUAUGCAGUUCAGCUUCAAACAAGAAUUAGUGGCGCAACGAAUGUAGAAAGUUACCAUGGUUUCGUCAAGCAGCAUUGUUUGCGUUCAGUAUAUUUGUGAGGGUGGGGUGGACCUGUGUGGGAAAUUAAUUUGGGACAAUUGACUUGUUUUGGUAAAAGAAGCUGAUUGUAUUUCUCCCUCUCUGACAAGUAAGAAACUUGGCUUAGAAUUUUGUUUUGUUGUUUUCCUUUUUAUCAAACUCUGACUCAUUUCAGUUAAGCAUCUGGCUUUUGGCAAGCCCAAGGAGCAAAAUUCACACCAUUCAGAAAACAGGUGCUUUGUAUAACAAAGCCAAAGAAUAUUCUGUUUCACACAUGUUCUAUUUAGAUUACCUUCUGGGAGAAACACCAGAUAGCCCAGCUCCCUCGUGACAGCCCGCAAGAAGAACUCAAAUGAGCGUCUGUCUUAUCCUACACCCAAAUAUAUGCGCAUACACACAAAUAUAGUGUUGCAUAACAAAAGGCGAGAGAACUUGUGAUCUAAAUCAGCUGCAGUUUACCACAUUUGUUAUAUAACUGCCUAUUAAUUGUGCUGUUUUUCAGUGCAGCCCUCACAGCUAAUGGUAACAGAGAUAAUGAGAACUUGGAAUUGAGCUCCCUUUGCUACAAAGUGUAACAGUGAAAAAAUCUUACACUACUGUUAUUGCUGUUUAAUCCAGUAGCUUUUCAAGUGCUCAAUUAAUUUAUUUCAAAUAAAAAUUUAGCAAAGGUUUAGAAUAAAACAAAAAUUUACCCUCCCUAUAUUUGUACACUUUUUUCAUUUCCCAUUGGACACCUGUAGAAUAACACAUGACUAAAUUAUAGUUUGUGGAGUUGCCAAAUUUGGAAUUGAUGGAUUCUUCUUAUUUAUGUAUGUAUUGUUAAAACAUUUUGUGCUUUUGAAAGCCUGGUCAAAAAGGUUCACCACGCCUGCAGUUAGUGCCUGUGAUGAGCAGAGAUAGUGUGGGACAAGAGUAGCCAAUAUAACCAAUGCAAUGAUAGACAACAGUUCCCAUCUUCUCUGAACACGGCCUAAGUUUGCGAGGGCUUAUGAUAAUAGAAAGAAGGGUCCAGAGCUCUGAGCACCAAAAGUGUUCUUCCAGGAUGUUUUAUCAAAUAUUCCACUACUCAACAGCCAUCUUUUGCUGAUUCUUAGUUGCCUGUUGGAAGUUCUCUCUUUCUCUCUCUCUCUCUCUCUCUCUCUCUCACACACACACACACACACACAAUCCAACAAAAAAGACAAAAAACAGAAAACCUAUCUCCAGAUGUUAAAGAGUAUUGCACUUUUUCUUAAUGCCCAGUGUGGUUUUGGCCAGAACAGGCCUUUCUUGAGGGCUUUUCUGUUGGAGGGCUAGUCAUUAUUCCCCAGUUCUGAGACUGAUAAAUUAGUGGGAAGAUUUUCAGUUGCUGACGUGGCGGUCUAAAAUAUUCCUAAAGCUUGCACAAGUAGUGCUUUAGGGGGAAGAAAUCAUCAACAUCCAUGCCAUGAGAUAUAGAGGCAUCUUUUUAUCUAAUCCAGCCCAUGGAGAACAUAUUUGCCAUAAGAGGGUGUUAUUGAAACUGAACAAUAUUUUCGUCUUUUGAAAUUACUGUUCAGAUAUGGUGAUGUAGAAAUUUCAUACUGCAAUGCCAUGCUGAUGCUUGCAAAAUGUGCACAAAACGUAUCCAUAUUAAUGGGGCCCUGUUUCCUACAGUAAUUUAUGCAGUAUUCAUUACACCAGAGACUUGUACAUGACAGUGUAAAAACAUAAGUGGAAAGGAAAGCCUGCAGCCUAUUACUGCCUGACAAAGUAACUUUUCAGAACCACAAAGGCUUGCUAUGUUGCACACAUGUUCAUGGGCCAUAUGGGUGUGAUCUGUGUCAAUAAAUAAUGUAGCGAAGGGGGGAGAGAUUCUGAAGACUGGCAGUAGCACAUAUUUACAGUGAAUUAGGUAUUACUAUUAUUAGAAAUGGUGGCCCACAACAUAAAAUCACAAAAUAUAAAGCACAAAAUACAUAAUGAAAACAAAAAACAAAGACAACCCAAUAAUAAUAUUAAUAUUAAUAAUUUAUUAUUUAUACCCCGCCCAUCUGGCUGAGUUUCCCCAGCCACUCUGGGAGACUCCCAAUUGAGUGUUAAAAACAAUGCACAUUAAAUAUUUAAAAAAUUCCUAAACAGGGCUGCCUUCAGAUGUCUUUUAAAGAUAAGAUAGCUGCUUAUUUCCUUCACAUCUGAAGGGAGGGUGUUCCACAGGGCGGGCACCUCCACCGAGAAGGCCCUCUGCCUGGUUCCCUGUAACCUCACUUCUCGCAAUGAGGGAACCGCCAGAAGGCCCUCGGCGCUGGAUCUCAGUGUCCGGGCUCAAUGAUGGGGGUGGACCUGCCCCCCCCAACACAUUUUAAAAGGACAUUGGAUGCCAAUCAGCCAAAGGCCUGGUUAAAGAGGGCCAUUUUUGCCUGGCAUCUAAAGGUGUACAAUGAAGAUGCCAGCCGAACCUCCCUGGGGAGAGCAUUCCACAAAUGGGGAGCCACUGCAGAAAAGGCCCAUUCUCGUGUCUCCAUUCUCCAGGCCUCUUUUGGACGUUUCUGCAGUUCCGGGAACAAGGCAGGGAGUAACCAUAAUCUAAAAAUACCUAUGUCUACUAGCCGUGAUGACUAUGUUCUGCCUCCAUGGUUGAAAGUAGUAAUGCUUCUGAAUAGCAAUUGCUGAAAGCCACAAGAGGCUAGAGUGCAUUUAUGUUCAGGUCCCGAUUCCAGGUUUCUCACAGGCAUCUGGUUGGCCCCCUGUGAGAACAGGAUGCAGGACUAGACAGGUCAAUGGAUUCAUCCGGAAGAGCUGUUCUAACAUUCUUAGGGGGAAUCAGAGCCUGCUGUCAGUUAAGCUGGGCUCCUUGUCUGAACAACCGCUCACACUCAUUGGAUGGGCUUCUUCAGGACCUUCUGAUCUCCUCCCAUUUGGUGGUGCCUUUAGGCCUGAACUUCAAGUCCCCACAGACCAGAAGCCCCCAAACAAGCCCUAGAGAUAGUCUACAAAUGAUGGGGAUGGCUGCAAAGAAGUCCAGCUUUCACAUCUGGCAUGCAAAUAUGGGGGCUGAUACAAUGUAUCACAACAUACCAUCGUGUAAAAUAUUACUGAUUGUAUGUUUGUGUGUGUUUGCAGGGGACAUGGCUACUUUUAACAAUACAUUAUCAAUGGGUUGCAUCCAGUGCUGCACAUGUGGAGGCCCACUCAUGCAGUGGGACUUCCCCUUCCCCUACUCUCCUUCAGUGCCCCCCAAAUCUGCUUUGCAGAGCCUACCAACCCACUGAAGGAGAUUUUGAGGGUGGCGGCUACAAGGAUAAGUUCCAUUGUGCAAGAGGAAGUCCAUUGUACAAUGGAAUGACAGCAACGGAUACAACUCAUUAUUUUUAAAAGAGGGCACUUGCUUUACUACUUUUGUAAAUGGUACAAUAAAACAUAACCAGCAGAUAUUUCUGUAGUACAUUAAUACACAGAGUCUUUUGGAUUAGUGCAGAAAAGGAAUGGUUGAAAAGCAGCUCAUGCUGAUAUAUAAAUCAUUUAAGAAAAUAGGUACCUAAGGGGAGACAUAUUUUUUUCUAGUAUCUGGUAGACAUCUUCUAGGCUUAUAAGAUAUUAUUGCUUUCAAGUGUCUGGUAGUGAAAGUUUUAAUAGAGUGUUUUGGCUCUUUAUGUGAAUCAGUUAAGUGCUUAUCCCUACUUUUCUGAUAAAUACUGUAUGAGUUAUUCAGUAGCAUCUUUUUCAGAAUAGUUUCUAUCUGAACAGGCACCCAUCAAUUGAUGUGAUACUCAUAAAGUCAUAUUCCACAAGGCAACUGCAAUAGCUAUGGAUGCUAUUGCAGUAUUAGUGGGCAUUAUCAUUUUCCCCCUAGGUAUGAAAUACUGUUGUUUGAAUCCCAUUGAUGAAGAUGUGUGAUACCCUUGCAAGAGAUGUACAACAUCUGAAUUUUGCACAACAAUUUUGCCCUUAUUAUGCUACACAUUCCAAUGAAUAGUUCAGAAAGACUCUGCCGUCCACUGUGGCUCACAGUGCUACUUCUUAAACUGUUCUUACACAAAGAAGCAGACAUACCUGAUGCUUUUCCAUAUUCUGUCAUUUUCAGGAGACCAAAAUCAACUGUGUCCGGCUGGCAACAAAAGGUAUGUUGAAGACCUUUUUUUAGAAAAACAAAACUCCUAGUUCUAAGCAUAAUGCUCAUAUGGAAACCAGUUCUGUUGUGAUUGAAAAUACAGCCACCAGGUAAUCUUUAAGGUGCCAUGGGACACUUUGUAGUUCUGUUGUAAUGGAAUAACUUGGUUCUCUUAUCAAAAGUGGCUUUUUUUUUUGUCCCUUAAACUAUAUGUGGUUCAUUCAGAAAAAGUGAGUUAUCAAAUAUGUUUGUGGGAUUUGGGGAAGACCUGCUUUUGUUUGUUCAUACCAGACAGACCGUGGUUGUUGUUUUAACUUCCCAACAUUUCCCUUUUGUUUUCUGUAGCUUCAUUCCUACAGUUCUUAUUACUCUUGUGAGAAUAUAAUCCUCUAGUAUCUUGGUCUUCAUUAUGGAAGGGGAGUGAGGAUGGGAUAUUCAAACUUGCAAACAGUUCAAAGAUAACCGCAUGUAUUAAUUCCCAAUGGGGAUGGAUUUAACAGUUUCUGAAAAGUCAGUCUUGUCUUGAUACUGGUUGGCAGUUGUUCCUGGUUUAUCUCCAGUGACCUUGACAAGAAAGACUUCAGAUUAAAACUAAUAUGAGACAAGGAAUCAAACCACUGACCACAUACCAGUGUCUAGCUUGAGCCAAGUGAAAUGGCAGUGCUUUGUUAAAAUAAUACAUUUGUCACCUCUCAGUCUAAAUGACAAGGUUGUGGCUCCUGUGGGAAAGCAUUAUAUGUGUCCUAAUAUGUUUUUUCGAUUAUAGUAGUUCAUAUGAACCUCCUGAGAAUGGAAGAGAAUCACCCCAGAGGUAGCUUUGCUAGCAAAGGUGUCAAUAAAGCAAUUUAUUUUCUAACAAAAUGUAAAGAAAAGAAAAAGAAUAUCUCUCAGCCAAUUCUACAUUCUCAAUAAACAUGCCCUUGAACACAAUUGUAGAAAUGACGAGGGGAAUUGUGGUUAAAAAGACUGCCUGGCAAACAGCUUUGUGUUGUCAAAAUUUUGCCCAACCUUUGCACUGAUAUCAUGCUGAAUAGCAUAAUGAUCAUAUAGCCCAGUUUAUCUCAGUGUAAUUGACAGUGGGCUUCCCAGCUCUUGCACAAUUUUUAAAACUCAUGUCCUUGCUUCUUCCUCAUUUCUUGUAGUCAUAUGUGAAAUGUUAGCCUAUUGUUUGGGUACUUCCAUGCCUUUUCAAAUUGGUCCAGGACAAGCCCAGCAUAGAAAUCUCAAUGUACAAUAAACCAUCAAGGAAUAAGAUGGUGGUCAAAUGAUGGGCAUGGAGUGAUAUAAAAACUGGAAUGCCCUUGACUACUCUUAACCUUUGGUUUCUGUUGUGUGCCUUGUUCGUUGCCAAUGUAGGUUUAACCAGAAAACGACUUGCUCAUAUGAGCAAUUAAAUUGUGUGUCUGGGCCAUCCCUUUUCUGACAAAAAAAGUAUUGUUUCUCAUAUUGAUUAACAAUAACAAUAAUGUAUCAAAACAAGGUGAACUCUUCGAUAAUUUCUUGCUUACAUGUGAAUGUAAGACUGCACCUAGCACACAUGUAUACACACACACACACACACACACACACACACACCAGUUGAAAACACUGAAGCGACAACUGAGAAAGAUCUCAUCUCAGUACCCGUCUAUGAUCUGCUACCUAAAUCAUAUGGGAAAAACUAGUUUUCCAAAGCUCAGGCUUGCAUAGCCAGAUCUGAGCACCCACAAUAUCCACCUCAAAAGGAGAAGGGAAAUUCUUGUCGGGCUCAUAUUGAAAUUGGAGCCAGGCAGGAAUUCACAGCUUUCCCCUGCCCCACAACCUGCCUUUACCACCCCAAAGUUCUUCCCCACCAGUCCUUUCAACACAUCCCACUUUCCUUCCCUCCCAAGCACCAGUGAAAGCUUGCAUGGAGGAGGGGGAGGGGAGAUUCUCUCCCCCCCACACACAUCUGGAAACAAAGCCUGAUGGCUGAGAGGUCUGUGUUCUGUCAGCCACCCAGCUUUGUUCUUUGAUACGCUGCUAAUCAGCAUGUCAGGAAGAGGAGAGGAAGAGAAGAAUGGGAGAAAAAAUGUAUAUAUUCUUGCAUGCUGCUAUUGCUUUUCUCAGCACCACUGGCAUUUGGAAAGAAUGUGAAGGAUGAUUUGAAGGAUGGGGAUGACUUUUGAGGAUGGAGAGGAAAGAUGGGGAUGAGAGCAGAUAUUUUGGCUUGCAAUCUUUUAAAGAGGUUGCAUCAUUUCUGUGCCAAAAUAGAGGAGAGCUUUGUAGAGCUUUCUAGUCUCUAGUAGCAGCCCAUAGCAGUUCUGUUGCAUUUAGCAAAUGCCACAGAACCUGGUAGAGAUGCUGAGAUCAUAAACCUGUUAAGAUGUGAUGCAGCACAUGGGUUAUGUCAUCCCUCUAUAGCCAACAGAGUGUGUUUCCUUCUUCUCCCUUGCAUGCUGUUGUCUUGAGUUGUUUUAGUAUAUUGCUCACACUUUCUCCUUGUCGUUUCCUCUGUAGAAGUUCUUGUCAAUGCAUUACCUUAACUCCUAUGUGUGUAGUAGCAAUAACAACAAAAGCAAAAUGGGUUUCAGAUAAUUUAUUUUCUCAUGCCCUUGCAUUAAAACUUUAACAAACACCACAAGAUACGAUAAUGCUAUUGAAAUUAAAAUGUUAAUUCUUUUUAACUAGGCUUCCUUCCCCCCGCCCUGGAUUUAGCAAUCCUGAGACCAUUUUUCACCAUGUUAGUAUAUGAUGUCCCGUGUAGGCCGAUGGUUGCCUGCCUUUACUCCCAGUUUCAUUGAGUGCAUGGCACAAUGAGCAGUUAAGCAUCACCCAAAAAGAGGGAGUCUGUUACCAACAUAGAAGACAGAGGUUUCCAUAAAAUUGGCCUGAAUUAGCAUAUGCAAUAGUUAACAAAUGCAAUGGCAUAGUUGCAAAUUUAAUAAUUACAUGUUUGUUUUAGUGGUUGCUUGCCACAUGAAGUCUUGAUGUAGAAAGACAAAAUCCCAUCACACAGCACAACACAAAAAACAAUUGGACACACUUAAGGCAAAGAGGCCAUAAAAGCAAAUACCUCCAUACUUCCAACACAGGCUUCAUCACCAAAAAAAGGCCAAGGGGUUGGGGGGAAAUCCAUAGAAGAUUAACACUCAAUGCCUGGAAGAAAAUUUAACAUCUUUGUCUAAUACUAAAAAGCUGUUAGCACCAAGCAAGACUCCCUGGGGAGAGCAUCCCCAUGGCUGAAAAGGCCAAUUCUCUUGCUGCUGGAGGGAGGGACAGAGAGAAGAGAUGCAAUGAAGACCUUUGGGAUCUAUAUCUCCAGAGUUUAACUGGAGAGCUGUUUAAAUAGAGGACUUCUUCAAAUAGGGAGCUGUCCUCUGUAAAGUAAGACACGUAAAUGCCCUGGCUCAUGGUGAUCUGGAUUUGCCAUGAACCUGAAUGAGCGUGUGCCACCAGUAAAGCCCUAAUAUGAUGUUGUGGUGAUCUAUUUCUGUAUAUGGUGUAGACAAUGCAUUUCUAUAGUGACUAAGAAUGAACAUGCAGUUGGUUUCUCCUCCGGAUCACCAUGAACAGGCUGGUUCAAGAUAAUAAGCUCUCACGUAUGUUUGGAUUAUUAUGGACUGCUUCCACUCUCUUUACUGUCUGAUAGCAAAGAGGAUUUGGUGGAAAGAUAAUUUGGACGUGGGCAAAAAUAUAUGGAGCAGAAAAGAUACUUAAUGAACCUUCUUCCAAAUUGCCAUAGGCAGCUACUUUUCUAAAAUAGCUCAGACAGAAAACUUAAAAUGUCCUUUUAAAAGCAAGCUCUGCUGAAAAUCACUUGUUAAUUUUGCAGCAAGAUGUGAAAGCUGGAAGGUAGAUGUGGGAAGGGAUGGUGAACAAGUUUUACUGUUUAAGAUAAAUAAAAUAAAAUAGGCUGGUUUCAAUUAAUCUUGAAAAGAAGUGAAAAGCAUUAUUCCCUUUGUAGUGGAUGCAUGCAAGCAUUGGAGUUACUUACAUAAAUAGGGAAAGCAUGGUGACAGGAUGUCAUUGCCAUUUUCUGCAGAAGCUUCCCAUGACACUUAGAGACCUGGAUCAGGCCAUCUGGAACAGGUUCCCUGCUGCCCAUGUUGUGAAAAACACAGUGAUGGCAGGUGGGAGAAGAGCCAUAUGACUUUGAUGGGUGGGGCAAGCUAUGCAGCCCUAAAACCCCUGUUGGAGGGGUGGUCAGCAGGGACUGAUUCCACUGUGAACCUUACCUCCAGGCAGCAGCAUCUCUACUGCUUACCUGGAUGCCAUUGGAGCCAGUCUAGCACUGAGGUCAGGAGGGAGGUGCCUGUGUAAUGGAACAAGCAUCAGAUUGGCUCCACAAGUGCACAGACUCCACCCUGACCUCACCACCCCCCUGCUUCACCCCUGCCCCUACACAGUGGUUGGGAGGCCAGAUCUGCAGUGCCACCUCUUCCUGCCAACCGCUUCUGCCCUGCCAUCACACGUAUCCUCUUCUCAUGUACAAUAUACAAAGAGGGCUAAAAUCUUAUUCAAGAAAGGAUACAUGUAUGCCACCUGGAAACCUUUUUCUUUAAUGUAAUUGUAUCUGAUAAGGGGAGAGUUUUGCUGAUAAUAAUAGUAAUAAUGUAGGUUUUCCUGAUAAUAAUAAUAAUAAUAGUGGAGGUUUAAAAUGGAAUGUAAUCAUGAGCAGUUCUCUGUUAUCAAUGGCUACUAGACAUUAUGUCUUCUUCUUCUAAUAUAAGUAUGUGUUAUAAUACUAGUAUUAUAUAAUCUCAAGGGUGCUUCCAUGUAACUGGAGAUGCAGUCCUAAUGGGAGGAAACCCAGUCAGUUGGGUGGUGUAUAAGUAAUAAAUAAUAACAAUCUAUUAUUAUUAUUAUUAUUAUUAUUAUUAUUAUUAUUAUUAUUUGGAUUGAACUGAACUCACCAUCCAGGCAUUAGCUAAUUGUAAUGGCACAGGGGCUCAUUUAGGCAGGGGUUCUAAAACCAUUCUGAAAGCUACUAUUAUUCCUAAUCCUAAAUCAAAUCAAAUCUUUAUUUUGGUCAUAGACCAGCAUAUAAUCCUAAAUCCUUCAGGAAAAGGACAUGCUUCUCUACAGCAUAAAACAGGAAAGAUUUACAUAGUAGUUGGGUUCUUUAAGAAAGGAACGAAAUGCUGUUCCCUAAAAGGGCACAAUUCUGUUCAUCACUAGUUCUCCCUUCUUGUGCAUGCAUCAUGUGCCUUAGAGUUAUUUUUUUCAUUCUAGGCUCUGCUGUAGUCAGACCACCUGCUCUUUGUUUGGUGUUUAUGUCUUGAACUGGAGACAGUCUGGAAUGGCAUCUUGUUCCUUUAGCCAUUACCUUACCCUUGGAAAACCACAAAACAGCUUGAUCCCAAACAGCUUAACCAAUAUACUUUCCUCAGUCCUCCCCCUUACAUGGCUGCUCACCCUUCCAUUCCUGCAUAAGUUGGGAAGAUCUCUGUCUCUCCUGUUUUGUGAGCACCAGAAGCUCUAAUUCUCUUUCUCCUUGCCCAAAUAAUACAUGAAUUGAAAAUGGUGCAUGACAUCCAUCCAGCACAUAUCAUGCCAGUGGCACCCUGCAUGCAACUCUACAAUAUGAAUCUCCAUGACAAUUUAAAAGAACAAAGGAACUAGGACCAAGCUGAUUUCAUUUCACUUUACCAAUUGUAAUAAUAACAACAACAACAAUAUUUUAUUAUUCAAACCCCGCCCAUCUGGCUGGGUUUCCCCAAUUGUGAAAUUUGGGGUGGCAUGUUGGCUAAAACUUCAGUUGAACUAAAGGAAAACUUCCUAACAAUUUGUGAAGUUGGGGAGCAGCUCAUUGCAGCACACCAAGGUGGGAAUGUUCCCAGCCUUUCUGUUGUUGUAUCCCACCCCAAUCUCCAAGCGAUUCCAGGGGUUCCAGGUGCUUAUCCAGGGUUCAUGUUUCCUUCAGAAUGGGGGACAGCAGAGGCUGUGUUGUCUUUUCAAACCUAGCAGUUCGAAAGCAUACCAGUGUGAGUAGAUAAAUAGGUACCGCUGCAGCAGGAAGGUAAACAGCAUUUCCAUGCACUCUGUUACAUGUCACGGUGUUCUGUGCACCAGAAGUGGCAUAGUCAUGCUGGCCACAUGACCUGGAAAGCUGUCUGUGGACAAAAACCGGCUCCCUCGGCCUGAAAGCGGAGGUGAGCACUGCAACCAUAGUCAAAUUUGACUGGACUUAACCGUCCAGGGAUACUUUACCUUAUGUUUACCUUUACCCUUUAGGAUAUAUGGUUUGUUUACCUUGGAUACAAGCAUAAAUCAGGCAUGUCUCUACCUCAAAGGAUUCUAGCUUCUAGCAUACACAUACACAACUCAGCUCUCUCCUUCUUCUAUCAUUGAGUUGAGGGAGAGAGACCACCCGUUUGUUCUCUGAUACAGAACCACUUCUAUGGUUAUGUUAACAACCCAGAUUUAGAGGAAUGGCCAUUAUAUUAUUAUUAUUAUUAUUAUUAUUAUUAUUAUUAUUAUUAUAAAAUCAAGUUAAUAUACCACCCUUCAUCUGAAGAUCUGAGGGCAGUUCACAAGAUAAAAAUACAGGAUAAAGCACAAAGUAAUUUCUGGCUAUUCUAACAAUUCAAACCCUUCCUUAGAUUUUAACACUUGCUGAAUCCAGGAAUUAUGUAUUGGCAUCCAGCCUACCCACCCACCCCGCCAAACUCAUAACAAUAUGUUUUCUUUCGAUAUUUCUUUCUUUCUUUGUAAUGGUUUGUUUGAUUCACCACCUUCAGCAGAACCCUGGCCACUGCUGUCAAUAUUUGACCCUCCUAGAAGCCCUAUUCAGGCAUCUGGUACCCGUGAGUACCGAAUCUGCAAAGCCCCAGGGCAUUGAUUUUAUAACUACCCUACCCCAAACCACCCUGACACAACUGCUCCAAUGCUACCUGUGAUUGGGGUGGCGAAUUGGGGGUGAGCAUUAUGGCCCGCCUUUGAUAAAGAUACAAUAAAUAGUGAAUUGCUAAAUCAGUCUGGUGUUCUGUCUCGGAGAGCUACCAAACAUUUGUUGUUGUGCAUAAUCUUGAGCACUUAUCACAUGAUCAACCCCACUCCUCACAUGUUUACUGAAGUCAUUUUUAGAACACCUGAAUUAACAUGUUUCUCUAUUAGCUAAACUAAAAGGUAAGACUGAAUACCUGCACCUGCUUUUGUGCCCUUCCUUCUGGACUUACUAUUUCCCCCCACAAUUACCAUAAAUGUACAUUCACAUUGACAUGUUUGUUUUAAAAAUAUCUGUGUUUUGCCUGUUUGUCUGUGACUACUUUAUAUUCACUUACACUGUCUGCCCAUUAAAUCCAAAAUGAUUUUCCUUCUUCCUUUUAUUUACUGAUGGUAUUAUCUCCUUUGUAUCUUUUGCCUUUUUCAUCCAUAAAAUGGUACCCACCAAUUAAAUUAGAAUGAAGUGGGGGGUCUGCUGAGGAAAAUAAUAAUAAUCUAACAGAUUUGGGAACCUGAAUGCAUAUCAUUUGUGUAACAAGAACCCCUUUAAUAUCAGCUGAUAAUUAAACCCCGAUUUGCCAGUUCUGUGCUACAGAAUUUUAAUUCAAAAAGGAUUUUUAAUCAGUUUUUGCCCCUUUAGUUUCCUUAAUGACAUGUAUUUUAUGUUCUUAUUUUAAUUUGAGCCGUUCUUUUGGCAUGAACUGAUUUUUCCCCUUCUCCCCAAACAAUAUAUGUUAGUAUUGACACUUUAUUAGUGAAAAUUGCAUUCUCUUGCUAAGGGGGAAACAAUUACCUCCUGUGUUCUCAAAGCGUGUUUCAUUAAUUUUACCACCUAAUUGAAACGAAGGCAGAGGGCUCAUAAAUGGUUCCAUAUCUCUCAAGGUUCAUUUUUUUCUGAGUACAAGUUCUUGGAAUUAAAAUGCAGUUUUAUUAAGUGGCACAAUUUUAUUUUUAUUUUCCUUUUUUCUUUUCUCUCUUGUGCAUGCUGCCUGGGGACCGUUUUCCUUGUUCUUAGCAGUAAUAAGUAGGCAACAGGUGACUACCCGAAACCCGCCCAGCCUCAUGAGCACAGGUGAUUAUCAGUUCAGGAAAGGGGGUGUCAUAAAAAUGCAAACCAUUUUGGCAGUUGCAAGAUUGUCGUGUCAUGUUUUGCCUGCAUGCCGAAACAAGUAUGAUGCCAGGCUGAUUUGUUUACAGGAGAUUUUAAAUACUUUCUGCAUUAGGCCAUCUCAAAUCCAAUUUGAAUGUUUACAUGUAGUAGUUAAGUGGAUUGCUGCACUUAGAAUGGCACCCAGAACCACGUGGGGAUUACAUGGUAUUGCCAAACUACCCUUGAAACGUUAAUUAUGGUUCAAGAGAAGGCGACUCAUCUUUUCCUUGAUUCCUUGAUUCCUUGAUUUCUAGUAGACAAUUAAAACGUGAAGGCCACUGGCACUACUAUUCCACUCUCAGGAAAGGAGCAGGCAGAAAGGUCACGAGUGGCUUUUGAAGUGAUGCUAUAAGAUAUCCUUUCAGGAUAUCUGCUGAAAUGUUUGGAAGGAUCACAUCAGCAGACAUGCAGUCCCAUUUUCAACUUGCACAUCCGAGAAAAUAUAUUGAUAGCAUUCUUAAAGCCGUUUCCCAAUAGAUGUUGUCAUGGCCAUAUCUAUGCACACAGCAGGGCAUACUGAGCUACACACAACAUGCACACUAGUGGGAUAGCCCUUGAAAGCACAAGAGUACCGUAAUUUGCUAAAGGGCUAAAUCUCUAUAAAUUGGCCAAGCUUGUCAGCAUUAUAUUGGGAUACUAGAUAAUGAAGUCUUCAUUCUAUCCAGAGUUUCUUUGUUACCUCUCACCCAGUUCAGGCACCUCUCAGCUCAUUCAGACACCUGUAUCUUUAAGAUUUCCAAAACUAUGAAAGGAAAAACAUGUUGGUGUUAUUACUCUUACUUCAUGAGGAAGGUGAAGAAACCUGAACAACAUCCCUACAGCUAACAUCUUCAAGAGACAGCCCUCCAUUUCCCAAUCUCCAGACAUCGUCUUCUUCUUCUUCUUCUUCUUCUUCUUCUUCUUCUUCUUCUUCUUCCUCUGCUCCUCCUCCUCCUCCUCCUCCUUCUCUUUUAUCCGGAAUUACAGUCAUGACCUCUUUCCACUAGUUCUUAUUGCUGGAGGGAUUAACAGAGCUGUUGCGCAAUAUGAAGUGGGGACAUAUUCAAGCAUUCUGGAAUGGGUAGAUGAGCCAUAUUCAUUUACAAGUUGAAAGCUUAAGGAUGGGAGAGGAUGGUAUGUGCCUCUGCAAAUAAUGAGAAAUGCCAUCCCUGGACAUGGAAAGAACCUUCUGAGCAUUGAAUGUAGACUCUAUGACAUACAUGCAUUAAACUAAUCAUACAUAGAUACAGAGGGUGGACAGUGCAUGUGAUUCUGCUUUCUGGCAUUACAAGCAAGAAAUGAUAGGAAUAACAAACUAGCUUAGAAAAUGGGAGGAAAUAACUAUCCUUCCUUGUCUCAGAAGAGUUGAGGCUAGAAGAUCUUUGGUGUGGUUAAUAAGUUUUGGUGUUGGUGUUGUUUGUAGACUGUAGUCUGACAGUACUAUUUGAUUGUGAACUACACAUGAGAACUGGGAAGAAUUUUCUAUUCAUUUCGGUUUGGCUCUUAUUCUUGCAGAAAUAUUCAACAGCAGUGGAUCAGGUAGAUAAAUAAAAUGAUACCGAAUGAGUUCCUUGAAAUAUUAUGGAUCCUAUUUUGUUUAAUGCUUUAUUAGCAAAAAGCCAUGCCAUGAAAUUGCUGCUUUGGAGUGCAUAGUAUUAGCAGCUUGCUCUUUGAAGAUCUUUCCCACUGACUUUAAUGGGGGGGCAAUUCUGUGCACUUAUUGUCACUGUGUGCACAUGGAAGUGUUUGCAACAGAGUCAAUGGAAAAGUUAUAUGACACAGGAAGAGCAUAUACUAAACUUAGUGCAGAUUGAAUCAGUGACAGGAGCUCAAAAAUGCACAGAGACCUUAAUGUACUGAUUGCAACACAUAAAAUCAAUUUCCUGUAAAAUAAAAAGGAAAUUCAGGUUGAACCCUCUCCUCAAUCAAUACAUGAAUAACUUUGCAACAUCAGAAAGCUGUUCUUUAAAAAGGUUGCUCUUUUAAUAGGUCUUGUUCAUUCAGAUUAAAUUAGAACAGCUCUAUUGUUUUUCAAAAUGUAUUCCAGCUUUGUAGACAGAUAAUGCAUCCUUAAAACAGACCUAAUCUCAUGUCAAAUUUAUUAUUGCAAUUUAUCUUUUUACACUUGAAUGCUAUUCCUUUGACAGGUCUAUUUCAUUACAAACUCAUUUUCAAAUGGCUUGCUGCAUUUCAUCCUAGGCUUGAUCCAUGAAUAUUUUCCUUGUGUCACUUCUAUUCUUUCCAAAAGAUAUUUUGACUGUAGGCUCCUGUAUCACCAUGAUGAAGUGUUAGCAACAAUGGUUUAUAGAACUCUUACCAAGUGAUACCCUAGGUCAAAAAAACAAAUCUGCUGAAAUGCACAUAUUUGUUUGGUUUAUGGGGACACUUUUCUCCACAAGUUCGGUGCCCUGUCUUUCCAACUUGUUUGAAACGUACAUGUUGAGAACUUGCUGCUUCUGCAGCAUAGUAAUACAAAUGAAAUGAAUGCCAGCCUAAUUGAGUUGGGGGGAAGGGGAAUUGGAGGCAUUCUGACAUCACUAGAUCCAGAAGUAGAAAACAGGCUAUAGGAGUACAUUUGAAGAUGACAUAGACAACAUCUCCAUUUAUUAUAACAAAUGGAGUACAUGAAAAAGGUCUUUAGCUCAGCCAAGGCAUCUAGCAGCCCUCUGCAUUGCAUAAAGCUUUAUCCAGAUGACUGCCAUAAGCAUCAAGGCAAAAGGUUGCAUCAAACCAGAAGGAAUAUUACAGCUUUAAAAGAAUAUAUCUAUGAACAGUCACUGGAUUGACAUUCUCUUAAUAAUUUACAUGCCUUAGCACCUUUGCUUGAGGUGUGCUCGCCUGAUCCCGAAGGAGAAAAGCUGUUUCACUGGAACAACAUGAAUUACAAUUGUUCAUUCUCUCUGGGUUGCUUCAAAAGGUUACCAUGAAUAUAUGAUUGUCAUUAAAUGUCCAUAAAGUUAAGCUUCCAAAGGCAUGACAAGCCCGAAGCUAUUAUUAUUAAUACAUGAUGCCUUAGUUUCUUAAAUAGAUUUCUCUGGGAGCCCAUCACCCGCUGCAGCCAUUAUUAUUAUUAAUGCAUUUAGGUUCUUAUUUCAGGUAUAAUGUCUAAGAACUCUGUAACAGCAAUAGACUUUUAAUAAUAAUAAAAGAAAGAGGCAGCUGUUGAAAAGAGAAGGCCUAGCCAGCAACCCACCCACGCAACAUGAGUACCUUAAGAAUACAUGAGGUUGUGGCUGAUACUGCAGUCAGGAAAUGUUUGCAUGGAAGAUUUGCUUUGUUUGAAUUUGUUCCUUCACUUAAAAAUCAAACAAGUGGCUGUUACAGUUUGUGCAUCUGCAGAUAAGAUGUUUUCCUUGGGCCCAAGGGAGAAAAGGGGGCAGAAUCAAAAACCAAGAGAAGCAAGAGGCGAAACCUCAAAAUGGUGCUAAACACCAAAUCAUUAUAAUUUACGGUUCUUAUAAUAUACUGAAAAACCCAGUGUGUUUCAUUUGCUUCUGCCCAUUUCACCACCCACAACGCACAGGACUGUAGGGAGGUUCAGAUGUCAUUUCAAGCUCCAUCUCUCCAUAGAACACUUAGCUGAAGUUAUUUGCUAUGCAGGAUCCGCCAAAGAUUAUUUCCCAUCUGGGUUGGUGAGAAGGAAAACAUUUCAGUGCUUGGAGCCCUUUGAUAUGUAAACCAAACACUACUGAGAUGAAAUGGCUUCCUUUUGACUCCAGGGAUGAUUGCAGGUUCUAUAGUGCCAACAGUUGUACUUAAGUAGGCUUUGUUUCCCCCCUGGAGUGAGGAGGAUCAAAAAGAAGCACCUUUCCCAACAUAUAUUGUCAGCUGGAACAGACAAAUUGGGCACAAAAGACCAGAGCAUUCCCAAUAAUUCAUCCCAACAAGCAACAAAAGUGUGCAGUUAUCACAUCAGGCUUUAAUGUAAUGCCAUUCUGUUUUCUCCUCCUCCUUAUUUGUGAAUUUGGGUGGCUGUGGUGAUACCAGAACCUUCAUUAAUUUUCUCUAAUGUCAUAGGAACAAGAUACAACUUUCACUCUUAUCUCUGUAUCAUAUAUAUUCUUAUGAAUUCAUUUCCCCCCUUAGUUUGUGAUUGCAACUGUAGUUAAGAAAUCUUUGGCUCAUUGUGUGUAUGGCAUGCCUUAAUAUCCUAAACUUUUCUUCUCUAGUUACUUCUGUGUAAUGCACCAAGUUAUUUUUAAAGGAAAUUCAUUUUACAUAUUACGACUUCUUCUGAGAAGACAAAUACUUAGCCUGCUAGUUUCUUACUUCCAGAUUGUAUUACAAUCCGUUAACUCUCCAGCUGAAAAAGCCAAUUUAAAUAUUUCCCAAGGCCGGAAUCUUAGCUAGCAUCUUAACUCCUUAUGCUUGCCUUUCUUUUUUAUUUGAUAUCCCCCUUGUUGUUUAGUCAUGUCCAACUCUUCGAGACCCCAUGGACCAGAGCACGCCAGGCACUCCUGUCUUCUACUGCCUCCCACAAUUUGGUCAAACUCAUGUUAGUAGCUUCGAUAUCCCCCUACAUAUGCACAUAUCAUUCCGCUGCACAGCCAAAAUAUGCAUCAGAAUCUGUAGAAAGUCUAGGCUGCUCCAUUUUCCUAUGCUAAGCUAAAUUCAUAAAAAAAUGGCACGUAUAACCACAUUCAUUUCUAUGGCUAUAAAAACAAAUCUUCAUGGGAUGUUCCUGGAGUUGUGCUGGGGACUCCUUCAAUGGAAGUUGGCUUGUAUUUCUCUUUUCCAAGAACUUCCCAUAAGCACUGUUUGUACAUGGAGUUGGUCACAUAGCAUGCCUUGGGACUGGAUUUUGCUUUUCAUCUUUUGUCCCGUUUUCCCAUUCAGUUACUUUAUAGUUAAGAAAUGUGAUAGCUAACACCUGCUGAUCAUUUUGUGCAUGUAUGUAUGCAUAUAUUCAUGACGGGAGCAGCUUAAAAGUUGCUAAAAGGAAUCUUCCCAGCAAAAAGUGAUAUAAAAGUUUUGAGAAAUAUCUAAUUGUUACAGGAAUGCUAUCAGAUCCUCCCUACGAUUGAUUUUAAUCCUUGUUAACUAAGUAGCUUAAAAAUGUGUCAUCUUCAUAUCCUAAAAUAAGAAUCAUGAAUUAAAUAUUUUAUUCAUCAAAGCCAUAAAUAGGAUUUAGCUGCUUUUCAUUUUCUCAGCAUCUCAAGGAUCAGUUUAGCAUCUUCUAAGCGUCUUUGCAGAAUUCUCUUGAUCACAUUAGUAAGAAUAAAACUCAGUAUUAACUAGUAGAAUAGAAUGGAGGAAUGUAGUGAACUGUAAUGAAACUUACCAUAUAUUGCGUAGGAACUGCAUCAAAACAUCCUUAGUAUAACACAUUGGCUAAGGAAUGAAAAGUGAAUGUAAGAAACCACUUUAAAGCAAAUCAGAUAAUUGGAGCAUCUAGCUCUCCAGCAUUUUAUGCAAUAGUCUGUUUAAAUGCUGGGGGGUGAAUGUGAUCUGUCACUGAGCUACAUCCCUUUUCCACAGACAAGGAAUGUCCUAUUUCUCCCUGUAUUUCAAAUUUACUUGUGUGUUUAUUUAUUUUUGAAACAUUUCUAUGGUGCCUUUCAGUUUUGUGCUUGCAAAAGCAGCUUACGAGAAUUUAAAAUUAGUUAAAAGAUGCAGAGAAACACAUAUCAAGAAUGCAAAAUGGCAGGGAUCCUUUCCUACAAAUGUUAGCGACCCCUUUGCAGAAAGGGAGCUUACCCACGUACACAAUUGACAUAAAUUGGUGAGGAAUGUAUUCUGUCCUCAUGAUACUAAGGAAUCCUUGCAGCAGAAGGAAACACAGAAGCAUAAAAGGUCGGUCUUCGACAGUUUUAUAGGAUAAAAAGAAGCUUUCUACUUCUUUGUUUCAGCUUGGAACCUAAAGAGGGCCACAGAACUGGACUUGGACUCGGAGGAUACAUGACUCUGAGCUCAAUUUUCACACCAUAGGGAGCCUAGGAUUAUCUGCUGUUGAAAUGUGGCAGCAAGGAACAGAGAUUUUCCUUGAAGGGCAUUUGCUGUCCCCAGAGGAUCAUCUCAGUGACAACUGCUGAUAGGUUAUAAAGACUGGCCUCCUCUUUUUUUUUUUUUUUAAAAAAAUGUUUUUAUUAUUUUCUUCCUUAAACAAUAUUUUCAACAAUGCAAUAACAAACAAAAAACUUUCUGCUCUGUUGAGCAUGCGACUUCCCUCCUUCCCUUCAGCAGGUUUUCUACUUUCAAGUCCUGUCUCAAAUUUUAGUUCUUUCACUUCUAUUAUCCACAUUGUAGGAUUUAUUUCAAUCCUGCUAGCGUCUUCAGAUUUUUGCAAUUAUGAUUCAAAUAUACAAUAAAUUUACUCCAGUCCCUUUGAAAUUUUUGGUCGUCCUGGUCCCGAAUCCUGCAGGUCAGUCUGGCCAAUUCCGCAAAGUCCAUCAUAGAAUCAUAGAAUCAUAGAGUUGGAAGAGACCACAAGGGCCAUCGAGUCCAACCCCCUGCCAAGCAGGAAACACCAUCAGAGCACUCCUGACAUAUGGUUGUCAAGCCUCUGCUUAAAGACCUCCAAAGAAGGAGACUCCACCACACUCCUUGGCAGCAAAUUCCACUGUCAAACAGCUCUUACUGUCAGGAAGUUCUUCCUAAUGUUUAGGUGGAAUCUUCUUUCUUGUAGUUUGGAUCCAUUGCUCCGUGUCCGCUUCUCUGGAGCAGCAGAAAACAACCUUUCUCCCUCCUCUAUGUGACAUCCUUUUAUAUAUUUGAACAUGGCUAUCAUAUCACCCCUUAACCUCCUCUUCUCCAGGCUAAACAUGCUCCCUUAGCCGUUCCUCAUAAGGCAUCGUUUCCAGGCCUUUGACCAUUUUGGUUGCCCUCCUCUGGACACGUUCCAGUUUGUCAGUGUCCUUCUUGAACUGUGGUGCCCAGAACUGGACACAGUACUCCAGGUGAGGUCUGACCAGAGCAGAAUACAGUGGCACUAUUACUUCCCUUGAUCUAGAUGCUAUACUCCUAUUGAUGCAGCCCAGAAUUGCAUUGGCUUUUUUAGCUGCCGCGUCACACUGUUGGCUCAUGUCAAGUUUGUGGUCAACCAUCUUCGCUUGCCACUCUGCAAUUAUAGGUACUUCCUGUAACUUCCACUUUGGGGCCAUUAAAGUUCUCGCUGCUGCUGUGGCGUCCAUAAAUAGUCUUUGAUCUAUGUUCGCAAUUUCCUCUCCCAUCAAACCUAGCAGAAAUGCUUCCGGUUUUUUGAGAAAGGUAUAUCUAAACAUCUUUUUUUAGUUCAUUAUAGAUCAAUUCCCAAAAUCUUUUUACUUUAUCACAUGUCCACCACAUAUGAUAAAAAUCUCCGUCUGAUUCUUUGCAUUUCGAAGACUGACCUCCUCAGAGUGAAUUACUCGCAAAUCCUUUCAAGAAGUGAAAGGGACUUGCAACACAUGCCCAUUAUCUGUAUGCUUUUAAUUACUUCUUUUAUUUUUUCUCAAAACAAAACCUCAUGUCACCAGCAAUGAAUAUCUUCAGGAAAAUUUACGUUAGAUGAAGAUUUUGCACAUGUAGUUCAAAUUCUAAAACAAUUCACCAUUAACUUGGCAGUCAUUACAGUGCCAGGUGUGUUCAUGGCCAAAAUCAAAAGAAUGAGUUAGAAAGGUUGAAAGCUCUAGAGAGCUUUGAAACCUAACAUCCUGGCUCAAUUCAAAUCUCUUUUAUCAAAGUUGCAUGUGUAGCUCUAUGUGUUAGAUUGAUGGGUUUUGAAAUUGUAUGGAUAUCAUUUCAAUUGUACACUUGUUUCCUGUGGAUAAAUGAUCUAUCACCUUAAGACAUAUUAUUUUCUGGGUUGAUGAGAUUUGUGACUUUUGGGCAACAGUAUCAACAAACUUUUGAGAUUCCAUCUGAAAAGGUCAAUUCUCAAAUGUAUGUAACAUCGUCAUGCAAAUCAAGAUAUGCAAAAGCCUCAUGCAAAGAACAUGAGGAAACUUUAGGGACACUGAACCAAGUGAAAUUAAUUGAAAAACAUAUACAUUCUGUUUGAGAAUAAAUACCAAGGUUAGGUGAUACUACAGUUCAUAAUGAAGAAAACAAAGACACAAAACACAUAAAGGAGGAUUGUACAACGUGAGUACAAGUUCAAUGAUCCACCAGAAUGUGCAUGAUUGGAGACAUUAAUAUCUUCCGGAUUCACUAGAAGCAGUGAGAGUUUGAAAACUGACUUUAAUGAAAGAAAGAUUGCACAUGUAAUUUGUGGACUAAGAUUGAUUUUCAUUUCAGUUUUGAUCAGUGCUUUUUUUCUAGAAAAAGAGGUGGGGGUACUCACCAUGAGGUUCUUACACUUUUAACACAUCCUCCAAAUAAAUGCAGUCACAGCUCUGACAGGAAAACAUGGAAAAAGCAGCCAGCCGUAGAACCAUAGAAUUUUAGAGGGACCCUGGUUCUGAUCAUUAUUUUUAUCUAGCACGGCAGGUUUUCCUUUACAUUUGGAACAUAUAUGCAGCAGAGCAUUCUGCAAUGUGAUGUGAACCUUUAUUGCUCAAUUUGAUGAACAGCUACUUGUAUGCCACACAUUAUGGAGUAUUCUAUACACCCUGAAUUUACUGCUAUUUGUUCUUUCGAUAUUCCACAUUUACUCAAAUGUGCUCAGCACAACAGAUGGUUUUAUAGUCAACUAUACCCAGAACUAUAUUGAUCAUGUAUGAUCUCCACAUGCUUCUUGGGACUGCUCCAUUAUGAAAGCAGCUCUUCUGCUACUAAACAAACAACUAUAUAGAAAUCUGAGGGAACUUCAUAAAGACUUCUGGUACUGUGUGUGGGGAAAAAUUAGUUUGGGUGGAUGGAGUAUGUGUGUGUGUGUGUGUGAGAGAGAGAGAGAGAGAGAGAGAGAAGAGAAAUCCCUUUUGCACUCAAAUGUGUAUUCUAAAGGAUCCUGGACAACAACAUACUGCCAUAUUUCCUUUCCAUUUUCUUAGCAUAUUUCUCUUAACCAAAUAAUACUGCUCUAGACAUGUGAUAUAAUGGGAAUAUGUAUCAUCAUUAUUAUUUUUUACAUUGGGCUAUAUAAAAUUUGGAAAAAAUCAUUGCAAGUCUUCACAGAAGAUUUCUGGACAAGCUCUGAUGCCAAUAAUAUAAAUUUUCUUCAAGCAUAUAAUGCCUAACAGCAGCUUAGGGCUGAGCACCUUUCUGAGCACCUACCCAUAUUUUGAUUUGAUACUACCCAAAGCAACACUUAGAAUCUAGUUUUCAUCUGACCUUCUCAGUUGUCACAGAGAGAUUCUACACUUAUUUUUGCUUCGUCUUGCUAUUUUUCCUCCAUAGCCUUUCUAGAUUAUUCUGUCACAUAGCAUCCCUUUAAUCUGGCCCUUCUGCUGAGGAUAGCCUUCCUAGUUCCACCCACUUGCUAAGUAUAGAACCAACCACAGAGGUCCUCAAAAGCAUGAUUUUUUGGGUGGACUUUUUGUUUGUUAAAGUACUAAACAGAUACACAGAAAUGCAUCGAGAAAGUGAUGCUAUAGUUUUAUGCAGAUUUCUGCAAGAUCUAGAAACCCACCCCCUCUCUAUUCAGUUUGUCUGCCCUUUCAAACUUGUAGGCUGAGAAUAUUCAUCCUUACCUCUAUGGCUUCUAUUUCAGGUUUAGCUUCUAUUUUCUGCCAGUAUUAAUACUUCUUUCCUAGAUGUCUAUUUGAGAAGUUAGUUAUUGCAGAAGUGGGAGGAUGAGCUAUGAAAAGGUGUGAAACAUGUAGAUCCUACCUGUGGUUUUGAGAUAAAUGCACAAUCCAUGUUUUUCUAAGUAUGUAGCCAAAUCUACCUUGUAGAUCCAAUCUCUCAUCUUUUUUUAUUUACUUAAUUUCUUUUCACAGCCACUCAAAGUGACUUUCAAUAAACAAUGCAGCAUAAUGCAAACAAGACUCUUCCACUGUAGAUUGAUAGCUGAAGACUCUUCAUAUUCUUCUGUUGGUUCUCCACACAUCCUCUUAAAGCAUCUUCUUUCAUUGGCUUUGCUUCUAGCUUCAUUUGAUUUUGUUUGAAUGCCUCCAGAUCAUGAAAAUCCAGUUUUGCCACUGUCAUCAGAAUUCCCCAUGAUUUAUUAGGAAUCUCAAAGGACACAAGAAGCUCCUUUGAUAUUACAAAAUGCUCUUGGACAAUUGUUUGAGAUGGAUGAAAUACAUUUUAUUCAAACGGUCAUCUAGUGACCAGUAUUUGGAGACAUUCAUUGAUGGGGUAUAGGGCUUUUAAGAGUUCUACGGGCCAGCUAGAAGGUUGGGUAGAAUCAGGACAGUGUUUUAAAUUUCUGGCAGGCAUCUCCCAGCCUGAGAGCUAACAGUUAAGUAGGGAUGGAGGAGAAAUCAUAGAAUCAUAGAAUCAUAGAAUCAUAGAGUUGGAAGAGACCACAAGGGCCAUCGAGUCCAACCCCCUGCCAAGCAGGAAACACCAUCAGAGCACUCCUGACAUAUGGUUGUCAAGCCUCUGCUUAAAGACCUCCAAAGAAGGAGACUCCACCACACUCCUUGGCAGCAAAUUCCACUGUCAAACAGCUCUUACUGUCAGGAAGUUCUUCCUAAUGUUUAGGUGGAAUCUUCUUUCUUGUAGUUUGGAUCCAUUGCUCCGUGUCCGCUUCUCUGGAGCAGCAGAAAACAACCUUUCUCCCUCCUCUAUGUGACAUCCUUUGGGGCCAUUAAAGUUCUCGCUGCUGCUGUGGCGUCCAUAAAUAGUCUUUCUAGGUGCUCACAGACUGUUUGCUUAAUGAUCUGCUCCAGAAUCUUCCCUGGUAUUGAUGUCAGACUGACUGGGCGGUAAUUAUUUGGGUCCUCUCUUUUCCCAUUUUUGAAAAUAGGGACAACAUUUGCCCUCCUCCAGUCUGCCGGGACUUCGCCUGUUCUCCAGGAAUUCUCAAAGAUGACUGCCAGUGGUUCUGAGAUCACAUCUGCCAGUUCUUUUAAUACUCUUGGAUGCAGUUCAUCUGGCCCUGGAGACUUGAAUACAUCUAAACUAGCCAAGUAUUCUUGUACUAUCUCCUUAGUUAUUCUGGGCUGUGUUUCCUUUGCUGAAUCAUUUGCUCCAAAUUCUUCAGGUCGGGCAUUGUUUUCUUUAUCGGAGAAGACUGAGGCAAAGAAGGCAUUGAGGAGUUCAGCCCUUUCUGUGUCCCCUGUUUGCAUUUCACCAUCUUCUCCUCUGAGUGACCCCACUGUUUCUUUGUUCUUCCUUUUGCUACGGACAUACCCAUAAAAGCCUUGUUUGUUGCUUUUAACCUCUCUAGCAAGCCUGAGUUCAUUCUGUGCUUUAGCUUUUCUGACUUUGUGUCUACACGUGCUGGCUAUUUGUUUGAAUUCCUCUUGGUGGUUUCCCCUUUUCCAUUUUUGUACACAUCCUUUUUAAUCUUAACUCAGUUAAAAGUUCUUUAGAUAGCCACCCUGGCUUCUUUAGGCACCUUCCAUGUUUCCGUCUCAUUGGUAUUGCCUGAUGUUGUGCUUUUAGUAUCUCCCUCUUAACAAACUCCCAGCCAUCAUGAACUCCCUUUCCUUUUAGUAUUACUGUCCAUUGGAUCUCACCCAACACUUCCGUAAGUUUUAUGAAGUCGGCUUUCUUAAAGUCAAGAAAUUGAGUCCUAGUAUGCUUGGCUGCUCCUUUCCGCUGUAUAGUAAACUUCAGAAGAGCAUGAUCACUCGCGCCUAAUGAUCCUUCCACUUCUACCCCACUAACCAGGUCAUCAACAUUGGUUAGGACCAGAUCUAAAAUGGCUGUUCCUCUUGUUGCUUCUCCCACUUUCUGGACAAUGAAGUUGUCUGCAAGGCCAGUGAGGAAUCUGUUUGACCUUAUGCUCUUGGCUGAGUUUGACAUCCAACAAAUAUCCGGGUAAUUGAAGUCCCCCAUUACUACUAUCUCCCUUCCUUUUGCAUGCUUGGCCAUCUGUUCCAGGAAGGCAUCAUCUAUGUCCUCCAUUUGGCUUGGGGAUCUAUAGUAAACUCCCACAAUGAGGUCACUGUUAUUCUUCUCUCCCUUAAUUUUGACCCAAAUGCUCUCACUUUGGCUUUGAGGUUCUAAAUCUUGGAUCUCUUCACAGGUAUACACAUCCCUGACAUAUAACGCCACUCCUCCUCCUUUCUUGUCUGGUCUGUUUCUCUGAAAUAGAUUGUAUCCCCCCAUUAUUACAUUCCAAUCGUGGGACUUAUCCCACCAGGUUUCAGUGAUGCCUAUUAUGUCAUAUUUAGUUUGCUGUACCAAGAGCUCAAGCUCAUCUUGUUUAUUUCCCAUCGGGUUUGUAUUUUAAUGAGAAUUUACCCAAUUUGCACUUCUCAAAUCAAUACAAAAACCGAAAUACAACUUGCCUUUGAAUUUUGUACUUCUGUGAAUUUUGUAAUUCAAUUCUCCAAUCAACACAUGCAUACAAAACAUGUCUCUUAGUGGAAAGAGCAUGCAAAAAUGCAUAAAUGAGUGAAAACAAUGUGCAAAAAUGCAUUCUCCUAUGGAAAAACUGCUUGUCAAAAUGCAUACAUUAGGCAAAAGGUGCAUAUAUUUAGAGGAAUGUUCACAAAUAUGUGUACAAAUUUUCACAAGGAAAAAUGAAUGUGAAAAUGGGCUGAACUGAACUUAGGACUAGAAAAAUGAGAAACUGAGAUAAAGCAAAAUCAAGAGAUUUGCUCAUCCCUACUUGAAAUAUUUGCUGGUUGGAAAGAGAGAAGAUUUAGGGUACCUGUUGAAGUCUUAUUAGGUGGACAGAGCCAGGUUCAUAUUCUCCCACUUUCCAGCCAUUAAGCUUUGGCAAUUCAGAUAGUGUUCAAUGAUGGUUGAUGUUGGUGAUGAGGACAGUUGUUGAAACCUGUGGAAUGUGAUGUGGGAAUGUCAAUUGUAAUUGUUUUACAGAAACUAGUCAAAAUGAACUUUGUCACAAAGAGCAUGUAAAGUAGAGACAUAAGGAUCUAAGGAAAUAAAACUUUUCCAUUUCAUUUCAGUCAUCGCUCAAUAUUCCAUAGUUCUGAUAUCCACAAUACAGAAAUUUCAUACUAUAAGUGUGUGCUGAUGGAUUAUAACAAGUGAGUCUGAGAGCCUAGAAAGCAAUAGUAAUGGGCCUUAAAACUAUCAGAUUCCCUUUGGGAGGAGGAGCUGUAAAACUAUUUGGUUACAUAACUUUGCAGCAUUUACUUAAAGUCUGCUUGCUGUUUAGUCUCUUGUGUCAGUGUGUAAUAGUAUACCAUCUAUGAAAAAUUUGCCUCAUAUGUUACAUCAUACUUGGAAUAAGGGUUACAUCUUCCUUUCUCUGAUGAUCUAAUGUAGGACUGGUCUCCUGAAAUGUUACCGUGAAAUUGUUGUUGAAAAAUGAUUUGCCUGGGAUAUUUCAACAAUACUUUUUAUUGUCAUUAUUAUUUCCCUUUUUUCUACAACUUCUUAAGGAGCAUCUACACAGAAUUCCAAUGCCGUGGAGCCAGAAAAGCAGGUUGACAACACUGUGAAAAUGGCAGGAGUUAUAGCUGGCCUUCUGAUGUUUGUAAUUAUCCUUCUGGGAGCAAUGCUUACCAUCAAGAGAAG